CUUACUUUAUGAGUGUGAAAGUAUGACGAUUGGAUUGGCCAUAUGCAUUUCUUUCUUUGGCAUGCCCCUUGCAGAGUAGGGUAGGCUAAUCACCUGAUCAGACCUGGGCACCUCAUUAACGUGGCGUAGCUUGGUACUUAUCACGGUCAGUGAGGUGGCAAGCAAUAACUAUGUCUAACUCGGGCGAAAGGACAAGAAGAUUGCACAUAAUCACCAUUUGCUCGAUCAUUCCCAACGAACAGAGAUGCCGUGAAUACAGCUUCCAGGCGACAAAGGUACCAUGCCACAAGAAACCAAAAGCCGAUACACAAUCUGUCGUUAUCCCCAAUUGAAGGUAAAGCUCUUUCUUUAGAGCAAGCAGCCACUUAGGUCCGACUAAAAAGGCACCUUCAGCAAAGGCCCCAGCUAUCCUUGACCAAAAUCCCCCUUUUCCAAUAUCGUUUCGUGUAGCAACUAUAGGCCGUGCUCCAUGUCCUCUAUCUAUCUCCUAUGGUCUAGUCGGCAUUGCGU